ACAUCAACAUGACCUCGUCCCUGCAGCCCGAGACACCCAGCAGGAAUCAGACCCAGUCCUGGACUAACCACAGCAGCAGCACUGAGCCCACGCCUCGCACAGGCUCCACGGCAGGGACGGUGGAGACCUCACUCGCUCCAGCGGAGAACCUCACUUUCUCUGGGAACAUCACAGACAGUCGAAAUGGGUCUGAUGUGUCACCUGUGGAUAAUCAGACAGCAGCAGUUACCAUGGCAGGACCUACAACACCUACUACACUCCUGCCAUCAACGACCCAUGAGCCCACAAACACCGUCCACAUCAUUAGCACCUUCCACACUCCUCCUCCUGAAACCACCAGAGCUCCAGAAGUGACCAGCUCAGGGUCGACAAGCGCUCAUCCCAGACAGAAAUCCUCUCCGACAGCGUCAUCACCCACAUCAUCCGCCUUCCCCGCGGUCAACACACAGAUGUCAGCGAGCAGCAGUCCCGUCCAGGUCAAAGCCCACGCGGACACACCCUCGGCACUGAACGUCGGAGACGACGACAAUAACAAAGUGUCCACUGACCCGCUCCUGGCUGGACUGGUCUCUGCGUUUGUCGUCGUUGCUGCCAUUGUGUCGGUCCUCAUAUUCCUGAAAUUCAGAAACACAAAUGACGGCCCACAGUUUCGCAGACUUCAAGAUCUCCCCAUGGACGAUAUGCUGGAGGACGCCCCUCUCUCCAUGUACAGCUACUGAAAAACACAGAUGUUCCUCGGACAUCUUCAGAGCGCCCAACAUCCUCUGUUCAACACAAGAAAGACAGACUUGAAUGGCUCAUGUGCUUCAUAGAGGCACAAACACUCCUGUUGUUUCGGUUACAGGACUAAAUGUAGCGUAAUACUCCACUCUAGUUGUUAAAUUCACCGUGGGCCGUCAGUGCCUGUUUCUUGGGUUGUAUUCUUGCACUUUACGUGGGUUUUGGGAAGG